UUCUCCUCGUUUUACAUAAGAGAAUAGUGAAACCUUAUUCGUAUUUUAUAGUUAUAGGUGUAAACAACAUACUGUUUUUUUUCUUAUUGUGUGUUAAACAGUGAUAAUUUGUCCUAAAUGCAAGUGUCGUCGUCUAGUGCCCAAAUUAAUAUGUUGUUGCAGAAUUAAAACAAACCGCAAAAAAUGAAAGCGAGUUGUGAGCACGAAGAAGAUGGUAGUGUAGAUAAUGAUAUUAAUGGUGUAAGUAGUGGUGAACAAAUCACAACUAAUGAAUCUAAACGAUCAAAUUUUGAUAAACUAAAAAGACGUUAUUCCUUCAGUGAAAAAUUCAAAUUUGGAAAAUCCUCUUCUUCCUUUAAUUUGACUGACACGAAACAGUCUCCCUUAAUACGUUGCGGGUCAAGUUCUUUCCCAAAUAUUCUACUAGUGGGGCCCUAUGAUAUUUUGAACGACAGUAAAUCGGAGUCGGACGUUACUUUAGAGGAAACCUCGUGGAAAACUGCCGAAAGUUCCGAAAAAGAGAGUAGCGAUUCCAGAUCUUGUAAAAGCGUCAUUAGCGUCGAAAGUACUAGAUACACUCUAUCUGUUGACAAAUUUUCAACGCCCAUAUUUGUGGAAAGAACAGAGUCGGUAGAAGACAUGCAGAAAAUGCCCGCUUAUGGUGACUUGAUAUUGGACGCUUCUUCCACAACGUCAAAUCUUAAUCAGAGCGGAGUUAAACCGAAAGAUCAUCUUUACAAAAUAUUGGUGAUUGGCGAUUUGGGUACAGGAAAAACGUCUAUAAUAAAAAGAUACGUCCAUCAGUUUUUUUCCCAACAUUACAGGGCGACUAUUGGCGUCGAUUUUGCGCUUAAAGUUUUAAACUGGGAUGCCAAUACUCUUAUUAGACUUCAACUAUGGGAUAUUGCUGGCCAGGAGAGGUAUGGAAACAUGACAAGAGUCUAUUACAAGGAAGCCGUUGGUGCCUUUAUUGUGUUUGAUGUAACUAGAGUUAACACCUUUGAAUCUGUUUCAAAUUGGAAGGCUGAUCUUGAUUCUAAAGUACAAUUACCCGAUGGUUCGCCGAUUCCUUGUGUCCUUUUAGCCAACAAAUGUGAUCAACAAAAAGAGGGACUGAUUAAUUCUAAGUCAAAGAUGGAAGAAUAUUGUAAAGAAAAAGGUUUUUCAUCGUGGUAUGAAACUUCAGCCAAAGAAAAUAUCAAUAUCGAUGAGGCAGCUCGUACGUUGGUUAGUCAGAUACUUCUCAAUGAUAAGUUAAUAAAUGAUUCAAAUAAGGAUGGUGACCAGUUUUCGUUAGCACAUACAAACGAUGUCAAAAAGAAAUCGUGUAAUUGUUAGUAACUUAUAUUUUUACACCAGUGAGCCCCUCUAAAGCAGCUAUGACGUGUUUUUAAUUAAAUUGCCUACUUUUUUAAGUAUUUAUAAAUGUUUUAUGUAUGUAUAGGUGAAAUUGUUAUAUCAAAAACGUUUUAAUAUUCAUUCUGUACUAUUUUAAUAAGAGAGUAAGGUUGCCCAGCGAAUGUUGUAGAGGUAGUCCCUAUCUGUACUUAAAUCUUUAGACAUUUGUGUACUACCCAAAGAAUUAUUUUAUGCUGUACAUUUGUCCAUUUUUCAAAUUAAAUAUCCACAUUUUGUUAUUU